AACCCCUUUGAAGAUCCGCUCAAAUCCACCUUCAAGAUCAAGUCCACGGCCCUUGAAGAACGUUCAUAAUUUACUUCCAUUUUACACCAUCAAUCCAGUUUUUAUUUUUCACUCUUUUAAUUUUCUUUGUUCCUUGCUGCCUUCUUAAUUCUCAUUCUCCUAUUGUAUACAAUGCAGUUGAUCUUUUGUGUUAUUUGAUACUUUUAUUAGUGGUUCUUGACAGCUUGCAUGAUGCUUAUUGUUGAAUGGUUUCUUAUUCUCAUGCGAUUUUUUUCCUCUCUUCGUCCAGCAUUCACCAAUAAGCGAAAGUUUCUAUGAUUAUAUGUUGUUUUACUCUGUCAAUUAUGGGGUAAAAAGGACACACCUUUAACAAUUUUGUGAUUGAAUUUAUAUUGCAGUGGGACAACCAUAUCACACGCCUGCCUUUCUCGGACCCGUCUACUUUUGAAUUUGGAAUUUGGGUUCGAUCGGAAGAUUGCUUCUUUCUUCCGGAUUAAUUUCGUGAAUAAAUGGGGCAGUUCGAUCCGCUGACGGGUCAGCAUUAGCAAAGGAGACGUAUUCACUUUUAAGAUUCCCAAAGGACUUCAACAUAUCAAGUAUGGAGGGAAAUGAUAGAACCAAUAUGUCAGAGGUCGGCAAUGAAGAAGUUCACUUCGGACAAACAAAUGUUCACAAUUCUCAACAGUCAAACCAAAGGUAUCGUAGGAGCAAUCAACAAAGGCAAAGACGACAAUCUAUGAAUUCAUCACAGCGGGCUCGAAUUUCACUGCGACGACGUGCUAAUUAUCAAGCCCGAUUGAACUCGGUAAAUAUAGUACAAAAUCAAACGGAAGUAAACCAAGAUGACAUAGGACCAACAUCAGCGGAGCAACAAGAUGCAUAUGUUACUAAUGAGAGACAAAGCCAACGAGAGCAAUGGCGGGAUCAACAACGUAUGAGGCGGAAUUCAAUGAGUUCAAGGCAAAGGCACGAUUACUUAGCACAACGACGAUCCAAUUAUCGUGAUCAACAAAUUCAAUGCUCAAACAUAAUGUUAUUUGGUGGCAAUACCGAUCAAGUUCAACACCCUAACAUAGUGCAAUUCGAUGAAGGCAGUAGCAAUCAUGUUGAACGACUCACAAUAGUGCCGUUUGGAGAAGGCAGCAUCAAUCAAGUUCCAAGAACAAUGCGCUUAACUCAUAUAAGGCAAAUUGCUCGAUCGAAUAGGGCACGCUUGCCUCAGGAUGGACUUAUUCAAAGUUUAACUAAUAGUGGUAAUCGCACAAACUACCAUACUACAACUUUGAAAAAGAUAAAUAUCAAUAUCAUCAUUAUU